UUCUAAAUUCAUAGACAAAUCUAACAUAUGUUUUUUUAUUGAUGUCAAGCAUUAAAAAAAAGGAGAAGCGCAAUGUCUGGAGGAUUCAAUUUUGAAGUUGCUGAAGAAGUGAGACGAGAUUUUUAUUGCGUCAUUUGCCUUAAUCUAAUGAGGAAUGCUAUGCAGCUAACAUGUGGUCAUGGAAUGUGCAAAAGUUGUUUAGAAGGCUUGAAAAAGAGUAGCAGUGAAAGGAAAGGCUUUAUCUGUCCAACUUGUAGAAGAAAAGUAGAUAACAACUCUGUGACUCCAGCUGCCAUGAUAAAUAGAAUUAUUUUAUCAGUAAAAGUUAAAUGUGAACUUGUCAGCAAGGGAUGUGAAUGGAUUGGUGAGCUCGGUAACAUGGAGGAUCAUUUACAAAAAAGAUGCAGAUUUCAACUGGCUUCUUGUUCAUUCAAACAUUGUGAGAAAAAGAUGGAACGACACAAGCUAAAAAAACACCAGGAAAAAUGUCCUUACAACCUGGAGAAAUGCCAAUAUUGCAACUUGACAUUUUUUCGCUCACAAAUCCAGGAUCAUCAUAGUACAUGUGAUCGGUAUCCUGUCAAAUGUCCAAACGACUGCUCAGAUGAGUUGAUGGAGCGACGAACGUUGGAAUACCAUCUUACUACAUGUCUAGAAAGCCUUAAUUCAUGUGAAUUUUCCUCCUUUGGUUGCCACGUUCAGUGCACCAGAAAAGCCCUAUCAGAACAUUAUCGAGAUAGUUUACACCAUCAUUUAUCCUUAACUCUUAACGAAAUUAAAAAAGAAGUCGAAGCUAUGAAAAUUAUGCAAGUAGAGUUCAAAAGUUUAAAAGGAGAAUUGAAAAUUGCAUCAAUGCAAAACGAAAUGCUGAGAAUGCAACAGGACUUAAGUGGUAUUAAAAAAGAUUUGCAAAGCAUGAGUACAAUACACAAACAAUUCAAAAGUAAGAAUUUAAUUGAAAAGGAAUUCAAGAAAAUGAGAGAAGAAAUCAAAUGUAUAGGUACAAGGAAAAAAGAAGUCGAAACCUUGAAAAAAAUGACAGAAGAAUUUGAAAGCAUAAAAAGUCAAUUUAGCAGUAUUAAAGGAGAUGUCGAAAAAAUGAAAAAAGAAUUUGAAAGCAUAAAAAGUCAAUUUAGUAGUAUUAAAGGAGAUGUCGAAAAGAUUAAUACGAUGAAUAAAAAGUUCGAACUUAUGGAUGUUUUUUGCACGAUUUUAUUCCUUUUUCUUCUUAUAUAUUUACUUAAUUCUAACAAAUUUCAAGUGUUUAUAAAGAACCUUUAUAGUGCAUUGGUGAAAAAACUGUAUUGCCUAAAAGUUAGAUAAGUGAGUUCCCUCAGAGGAAAUAAGUCUAGAAAUACAUCGAGUUGUUUCCAAUGAGGGACAAGAAAUUUUUUCACUUUGUUUUAAUCUUUGUUUUAAAAGAACAGAUAUUUUUAUGCGGAGUUUUACAAGGUAAAACAGAGUACAUUGCAGAAUUCUUGAAACCAUCAAAAAGUACAAUUAAUAUAAAAAACGGAGAUGUACUAGUGUGUUUGGUAAACAUUCUCUCGCUCUGUUUGUACGAUUUUCUUAAAAGCCUAGCUUAUAAAAACGCUGAAGCUGAAAUUUUGCACAAAAUAAGGAAGGCAAAAAAACUUUUCCAACAUGAGUUCAUUCAUAGACUAUAUGAUCAAAUUGAUGUCGAAUUAGAAUUAUACUUUAAAGAAGUGUGGAGUACGCUUACUAGAAGUAUAUGAAUGGAAUUAAAAGUUUCUGGUCUCCCUACAUGAGUUAUACUUCUAAAUUUGUUUGUGCGGGAUAUUUUAGAAUCUUCCGAAUCUUCGAUUUUUGUUGUUUUGUUUUGUGUUUUAUUCUUUGUGUAUUUAACAGACCUAAUAAUACAAAUCUAAUAUUCAACAUAUAUUUAAGUUUCACUGUGAAUAUUGAUGUUUGUUUACUUUUAUGUUUACAUUUUCAUUCAUCUUUAUUUAUCAGCAUUUUAAACGUCUAUGACAUUCAUGAAGUUGUUCAUGACUUGGCCCAUCUAAGGUCUUCGCGUGGCUUUCACUAUAUUAGCUUGUAGCGCAUCUGGUAAUAUAUUAGAUGAUGUUUUUCUGUUUGAAACGUGUCACGGUAAGUCCUCCAUUUAUUCUAUUUAAAAACGUACCCUACAAUCAAUAUGUGGCAGUCUCGUGGUAUAACAACAAAGGCAAAAUUUGACGUCACUUACUUUUCUGUAAUAUAGAAAACAACUCGAGGGAAAUGCCCAUGAAUGGUCAUUUUUCAUUUUUUAUUUUUCAUUUCCAAAAGCGCUUCCUAUUCCUCACAAAUAGCCAACGUAUUUAUAUAUUUAUAUUUUUUAUAUAUUUAUACAUUUCUUUUUAUGUACAGUCAGAUUGACAGAAAUCGUUGGAAGUCUUUACAGUUGCUCUACACACAUUAAAUGCAAGUUCUUGUAAGCUUUUUUUUUUACAUCCAGUAUACAUCAAGGUUAAUUUUCUUAUAUAUUUAAAUUUUUUGUUUUGAUUUCGUGAUUGUUGUAAUUUAGUCAAUUUGUUAUGUAAAACCAAUUAUGUAAAACCAACUUUAAAUAUUUAAUAAAUAAAAAAAGUACAUUAUUUGUUCACUUAUUUCCGAUCCUAGUUAGCUUUUGCUUUCCUAUAUAGCAGCAGUUACAAACCCACCAAAGAAGGACUCAACAGGGUGGUCCGAUAAAAGUAAGGAAGAACUUUUAUUGGGAAAGAAUAAGAAUAAGAAGGUUUA